GACCCCGGGAGCACCGGCUACAUCAGCACGGGAAAAUUCCGGAGCCUGCUGGAGAGCCACAGCUCUAAGCUGGACCCCCACAAAAAGGAGGUGCUGCUAGCUCUCGCUGACAGCCACGCCGAUGGGCAGAUCUGCUACCAGGACUUUGUCAACCUGAUGAGCAACAAGCGUUCCAACAGCUUCCGCCAGGCCAUCCUUCAGGGCAACCGCAGGCUGAGCAGCAAGGCCCUGCUGGAGGAGAAGGGGCUGAGCCUCUCCCAGCGGCUCAUCCGCCACGUGGCCUACGAGACCCUGCCCCGGGAGAUUGACCGCAAGUGGUAUUACGACAGCUACACCUGCUGCCCUCCGCCCUGGUUCAUGAUCACCGUCACCCUGCUGGAGGUUGCCCUGUUCCUGUACAACGGGGUCCUCCUGGAUCAGUUUGUGCUGCAGGUGACGCACCCUCGCUACCUGAAGAACUCUCUGGUUUACCACCCGCAGCUCCGUGCACAGGCUUGGCGCUAUGUGACAUACAUCUUCAUGCAUGCAGGGGUCGAACACCUAGGACUCAAUGUGGUGCUGCAGCUGCUGGUAGGGGUGCCCCUGGAGAUGGUGCAUGGAGCCACCCGAAUUGGGCUUGUCUACGUGGCCGGCGUUGUGGCAGGCUCCUUGGCUGUGUCUGUGGCUGACAUGACUGCACCUGUUGUGGGCUCUUCCGGAGGGGUGUAUGCGCUCGUCUCUGCCCACCUGGCCAACAUUGUCAUGGUGAGCAGCCCCUGUUCCCUGGGCCGGUGUGCCCGGCCUCUCCCCAGCCCCUGCCCAGGCCUCUGCCGUGAUGUCUCUCUGUCUCCUCCCUUUGCAGUGAGUAUGGAGUUCGGUAGGGCUGUGUGGCUCCGCUUUCAUCCAUCCGCUUAUCCCCCGUGCCCCCACCCAAGCUUUGUGGCACACUUGGGUGGCGUGGCCGUGGGCAUCACCCUGGGUGUGGUGGUUCUAAGGAACUAUGAGCAGAGACUGCAGGACCAGUCGCUGUGGUGGAUUUUUGUGACCAUGUACACCAUCUUCGUGCUGUUCGCUGUCUUCUGGAACAUCUUUGCCUACACUCUACUGGACUUGAAGCUGCCACCACCCCCCUAAGGGACUGGAGGACCAAGGCGUGGAGGGGAAGAAGCAGAAGCAUCCUGAGGAAGUACCUGCAUCUGUUUCUCAUCGCCAAUUCAGCAAGACCAGGGGGAGCAGGAGACUCUGGACCAGGAUAUAUGUGUUCAGUUUACAAGGAUGGGGGAGGGGAUGGAUGCAGCUGCUGUCAUUUUCCGAGGCUGAUCUGAUGAUGCAGGGUCAGGGGGAGAGUCUGGGGAGGGUGAGAGUAGAUGUCCCAUGUGCUCCCCUCUCACUGCUGCAGAGUGAGCAAGUAGCCUUCUUCCUGGUCUUCCGCCUGGAGAGACGCUGGCAUACAGAGAAGUUCUGAGGGCAGCCACAGCCAGGCAGGCCUUCCCCAGCCCAGAGGUGACUGUAGGCUAGAUCAUGUUCUCUCUGCAGCUCAAGGUCUGGUGCUCUGGUGGUAGACAUGCUGGCUUUGCUCUGGGGGAGCCCAGAGAACCCCAGGCUCACAUCCUGUCAAUGGGUGCAGUAGCAUGGCCCCGAGGACUGGGCAGGGCAGGAAGAUGCUAUAUUCUUGCCCUGGGGGAUCUGUGAGAGGGCCCCAUGCUUGAGGCAAAGAACCUCAUCCCACAUUCCCCUUGGGAAAGGCCCGGGACCAAUCUUCCCUCUUCCUGCCUGGAGUUGUGAAUGCUGGCAUCUCAUACCAUCACUCCUACAUCCAUGCCCUACCUGGACUUUGGGGUCUUUUGUUUCCUCUCUACUGCCCUGACCCUACUUUGUGCCUCUCUUUUGGGUGUGGAGACAGGGUUUUGGGGUGUGUGUGUGUGUGUGUGUGUGUGUGUGUGUGUGUGUGUGUACAUGUACGAGUGUGUGUGUACUGUCAGGCAAGUCAGAACCUGCAGAGGGAGGAAGAGGGGACAGUGUACACAUGAGGGUGUCUGUAAGGGAUUGCUGGAAUAAUGGAUA